GGAGGUCCUUCCCUGCCACAGUUCUGUGUGUUGCUUGCUGAGAAGGCAGUGAGGACCCACCAUGGGUAUCGUGGGAAGCCUGUGGCCUUGGUUGUUAACUAUGUUCUCCUUGCUGGGUUUGAGCCUGGGAGCACCCUCAGCAUCCAGAUGUUCAGGAGUCUGCAGUACCAGUGUCCCAGAAGGCUUCACUCCUGAGGGAAGCCAGGUAUCUCAGGACAAGGACAUUCCUGCAAUUAACCAAGGACUCAUCUCAGAGGAGACCCCAGAAAGCAGCUUCCUGGUAGAAGGAGACAUCAUCCGGCCAAGCCCCUUCCGAUUGCUGUCAGUGACCAAUAAUAAAUGGCCCAAGGGUGUUGGUGGCACUGUGGAGAUUCCCUUCCUGCUUUCCAGCAAGUAUGAUGAACCCAGCCGCCGGGUCAUUAUGGAGGCCUUUGCCGAGUUUGAACGUUUCACAUGCAUCCGGUUUGUUGCCUACCAUGGUCAGAGAGACUUUGUUUCCAUCCUUCCUAUGGCAGGGUGCUUCUCUGGUGUGGGACGCAGUGGAGGGAUGCAGGUGGUAUCGCUGGCACCCACUUGUCUCCAGAAGGGCCGGGGCAUUGUCUUACAUGAGCUCAUGCACAUACUCGGCUUCUGGCAUGAGCACUCACGGGCAGAUCGGGACCGCUACAUCCGAGUCAACUGGAAUGAGAUCAUCCCAGGCUUUGAAAUCAACUUCAUCAAGUCACGGAGUAGCAAUAUGUUAGUUCCCUAUGACUACUCAUCAGUGAUGCAUUAUGGGAGGUUUGCAUUCAGCUGGCGUGGGCAACCCACCAUCAUUCCACUCUGGACCUCCGGUGUUCACAUUGGCCAGCGAUGGAACCUGAGCACCUCAGAUAUCACCCGGGUCUGCAGGCUGUAUAACUGCAGCGGAAGUGUCCCUGACUCCCACAGGAGAGGGCUCGAGGCCCACAGUGAUGGGAGAAGCCUUGCUCCUGCCUCUAUAUCACAUCUACAAAGACUUCUGGAGGCACUGUCGGAGGAAUCUGGACACUUUGCCCGUAGUGACACCAGGACUGGAGGCCAGGGUAUUGCCAGGCUUGUGAACAGCCAGCAAGGAUGGGAGCAUCCUCCUCAGAGCACAUUCAUUGUGGGAGCCUUGGCAAGACCGCCUCAGAUGCUAGCUGCUGCUUCAAAAUCGGGGCCUGGAGCAGGUGCCGACAGCAUGUCUCUAGAGCAGUUCCAGCUAGCCCAGGCAACCACUGUACCUCCUGUUCCAUUUCCAGAAGCCAAAAACAAGCCAGCACCUAGCCAAGGUGCCUUUGAGGAGAUAGCUCUGCUUCCAGGAGGCUGUGCGCCUGGAAGUCACAUUAAAGAGGUGCCCAGAGACUGAGCCUGUAGACUUCUAUUCCCAAGUGGAGAGGGUGGAUUCUGCCUAGAACAGCUAGGUCAUCUAGUCCUUGGCCCCUCUGGGCAUCACCCCAUCUUCUGACCCCUGCACUGGCUACUGUUGGAGGCCCAGGUAACUCUCUUGGUCUCUUCCCCACAACACCCCCAUCCUGCAGAGUUCUAGGGAUAGAGAGGCUCCAGGGGAUUUUCUUGGCUUGAGCCCUAGCCCUGGAAGAUGGAGACACGAUUCUGGGAGUGGCCGACAAGAGCAAGGUUCCAGCCUUGAAUGCCUGUGGCAUUUCUACAAAUGAUGACUAGCUCCCAGCAUGGACCUCAGUGGGAAGCCCUGGGGCUGGGACCCUGAAUAUCCUCCUGUCUAUGAUCCCUGGCUGUAAAGAUGUUCUGAAGCCCUGGGAUUAAUGCCCUGCUCUCCAGGAGGCAGAGAGCCCAUUUUGUUCUCCUGUUAAGAUGGACUAGCAAGAGCUGGAUCCUUACAAGCUCUGCAUGGUGGAGGCCUUAGUAAGACCACCAGUCCCUGGACAGCAGCCUUGAAUCUUAGUGCACAUCAGAUCUCCUGUUUUGCCCACAAGGUGUUCAACUGGAGGCCAUUGAAGGGAAGAUGUCACACUACUUGUCCUUCAGCCACGCCACACUCCUUGACCUUCCAUGAGAUUUCUUCUAAGAACAGAGUGUAGGCACUAUGGUCUGGGCCAGGAGCCUGUUAGGAGGCCAGGGGUCCCUGCUUGGGAUAGAAGGGGAACCAGAACCUUGAACUCUUGAGGAAGGGUACAUCAUAUGGGAAAAGGCAGAAAUAAAGUUGGGUGUUUGCUUCAUG